UGAAUUCCACGCUCUUGUGAUAGACGACAAAUGCUAUGUGUUCGAAUUUCAUUUGAAUUUUCAAACAUUCAAGUUUCAGUUAAAGUAAUUGUUUAUGCAAACUUAGUUGUAAAAUUUAUAUCUUUAGAUCUGACCAUGUGAAUGUCAGCACUAGACCGGAGCUUGCCAUGGGUCGGCUACCUCUAACUGGACGGCUGAGCUUUAUUUUGAUUGUUAUCGCUGUGAUUAUUGGUGAGAUAACUAAGACAUAUUUAUUCCUUAUUAAAUAUACAAUGUCUAAUAAUUUAUGAAGUAGCCUACAAGGGGAAAACAUCAUUGAAAUACAAUAACAAAGCGUAUGGAUUCACUUAAGCUGUAUUAAAAUCGUACCUGUUUUGUUAAAUCCUAAUACACAUUAAAGCAAUUCCUCUAUUGUGAUACCCAGCUGCGACACUGUAGACAUUUCUUGGGAGUUAUUGUUCGCUAAACAAUGUCUAAGUCGAUAACUGGAAUAGUGGACUAUUUAGAAAUGUAAAGAUUGUAUGGAAUUAAUUUUAAUCUGAGAAUUUCAUAUCAUAAAGACGAUAUGAAGUGGGUUAAAAAAACAAAAGAAAUUGAAGUUUCUAAGACGAGAGGUCGAACUUUUACGACCCAUGAUAUCACUAAACUAAAGACCAAUUUACCAACAGAGCUGGUGAAUGCGCUCAAAGUAUUGUUAUAUGGUGUUCUGGAGUAGAUCUUUCUUUGUUAUUUUGGGCGUCCCACAUGUUUCAACAUACGUUAGACCAGCGGUUCUCAACCUGUGGGUCACGACCCCUUUGAGGGUCGCAUAACCCUUUCACAAGGGUCGCCUAGGACCAUCUGUAAACAUAUAUACUCUACUGUUAUAAAGUAUCAACUGAAAAUAAUUGUGUGUCUGGGGGUCGCCACAACAUGAGGAACUGUAUUAAAAGGGUCGCGGCAUUAAAAAGGUUGAGAACCACUGCGUUAGACUGAGGACAGUUGAGAAUUUACCCUUAAUUUUUAAUCACAUGAUCUAUGACGUGGCGCCAACUGCCUUGCCCAGGUUUAGCUGUCUACAACAGGUUGGUCAAAAAUGCCUACACUACAUCAAAAUAGUUGAAUUAAAUAAAGCUUUUAAAAUUAGAUUUAAAAAAAAACUUUAAAAAAAUAUACAAGCUUCAUAAAAUCAGAACAGCAUUUUCCUAAAUGUAAGACAUAGACCGUACAUGAAUAUAUUAACUUACAAUGGAUAAAACAUUUUAUAUGAAAAGCGCCCCAAAUUCACAAAUCACACGAUUUAAAAAAAAACAAAACCAACAACAUUUCUAUGAAUUAAAAUUAUGUUGUUGUUUUUAGCACGGUCACGUGGAAGCAUUACGUCACUCUCUUAACUGCAGUCACUAUUUUAUUGCUCAUACUCAAAAUCUAAAUUUCUUGAGUUCUUUGUUUCCAUCUGGCUGGGAAUUCGGUUCCUACACAGACUGAGAGAGCUGCCUUGUGAUCUGGGAGCAAUUUAGUUUUUAUUAUCAAAUAAUGAUGUUCUUUUUUGUUUUUGGUAUUGUCCGGCAAAGGUGGCUUUUUAGUCGAAACGUCUUUUUUUGUUUUUCAUAAGUCUUUUUUUUUUUCCUCAAGCCAAAACAUAUCUUGUUCCAGUAUUUAUGUAAUUUCUUGAGAACUCUAGAGACUAAUCACUUUCAAACAAACAAUGUUUACUGUAGUUUUUGGAAAGCCUUUUGUUUUAGACCACCUUCACAAAAUCGUUUAUGAAUUUUAUCUCCAAAAAGUAGAUCCACCUCAAAACAAUUUAAGACCAAGUUAAGUAAUAGCUUAUACAAAACACCUAGAAUGUUCUCGUGGUAAGAGACCAUGUUUCAUAUUAGCACAUUAUUUUGACAUGAAAUGUGUAACAAAAAGUUGUUCAAAUUAAGUUUGGCUCCUUUUCAAAAAUUGAAUUGUCCUUAACUAAAAAAAAAAAAAUAAUUUAAAAAAAUGAUCACACCCGGAAGUAAUUGGCCACAUAGAUCAAUUCAUUACAACCUGUUAAUAUCAAGAACAUAUUGGGUCACUCCGAUAAUUCGAUUAUAAAUUUCACGCAUCUGCUCUUUAAGCGAAGCACCUUAAAAAUGGAUUUAAAACUGACACGUUUUGCAAAAAAAAAAAAAAAAUAUCGGCCCUGACUUAUCCUACGUUUGUUUGAAAUACAUUCAACUGAAAGAACCAAAAUGAUUGACACAUUUUCCUCAAUUUGUUUAUUUCAGUGCGUCCCUGUCACAUGUUGCUCUGCUACGAAUGUUCGGAGGAAUUCAGUCACAUCUGGGAACCUCGGACCUGUCAGGUCAAUGUCACCUACGCACCUUCUCGUCAGUGCAAUGACGAGCAGCCAUUCUGUUUCGUAAGUUGGAAAUAAGUAACUUUAACUUUCAAAUUCAAUGUAACCUAUUCGGUGCAAUACAGUUAAACCAGUGUAAGACCACCCCAACACACACGUAUAUAUAUAUAUAUAUAUAUAUAUAUAUAUAUAUAUAUAUAUAUAUAUAUAUAUAUAUAUAUAUAUGUGUGUGUAUGUUUGUGUGUGUGUAUGUAUUCAAAUAAAUAUAUGUCAUAUUUAAGGUAAGUCACCUGUAGGACAUCCCAAUUCCCAACAUAAAGAGUAAUGAUGAAAGUUUAACAUUAUUACCGGUACAUAAAAUGGGAUCGCAAUCCGCAAUUAAAUUGAAAUAUUGUUCUGGAUUUAAGGAACAAAUUAAGUGAGAGUGACCACACAUGCUGGAUCAGAGUCGCACACGAAAAUAACCAUGACCUUUGACGUAAUGAAGUGCCUAUUCACUCCCCCGUUAUCGCUUAAACCAGUGAUUAUUUUAUCAAAAGAAAGUGUACCAUUUUGUAUCGUCUUACUUCAUGUUUUCCCAUUCCCUGAUUUUUGAGAAUGCAACUACUAAAUUAAAAAAUAAAAUUUAAAUUUCUCUACAAAUAAUAGCAAUACAUUUUUCUUUAAAAAUCACCUUUUCCCCCCAAAAGUGGUCUGGAUAUUACUGGCUGUAUUGUAAUCUUUCUACCGGCUAGGUGACGCUGGUGACCGUUAAAGGAAUAGUGACCAGCAUCUCCAGGGACUGCACCGACGAGUGCUUCUACGGCUGCCAGGCCAGCGGGUUCGGGACCACUUCCAUGACGUGCACGACCUGCUGCGACGAGGAUCAUUGCAACGACAGUGACAGUGGCCUCGUUCAGCGAUGCCCCGCCGUCGUCCACUGGCUCGGAGUUUUUGUCUCUGUCGUUUCUGUGACGGGUGUUUUGUAGGAACUUUUGUUUUUUAAGGAAGUUGUCACGAUCCCAGCCACCCCGUGCACUUGCUGCGAAGGAACUUUUCGUGCCAUGGUCGGUCUCAUGAGCCAUCUGCCCCCCCCCCCACACACACACCUCCCACAGCAAAUUUCAGAACUAGGUCGAAUACGAUUAUUAAAAUGGUCAUAAUCGAUUUCGAUGGACGAACUACAAUAAAUAAAUGUAUGUGGUCAUCUGCUGAAUACUCUAUUGAUUUCUUUUUUUUUAAAGGCGCCGUUAGCGAAC